AUGCCAGCGCCCUUCAGCUUCGCCGUGCGCCGCUCCGAGCAGCAUUCCCCCGAGGGCACCAUCUCCAUCGAGGAGCUCACCACUGUGGGCGGCGGCUCUGGUCCUGCGCAACCGGUCUGCAGCAUGUCCUCGACUGGGCGAGCACAAGGCAUGAGCUUUGCGUUAAACGCCUCAACUUCGGUGUCCUUCUCGGGCGAUGUGCAUCUCCAUGCGUGGCUCGCGCAUCAGUUUUCGGGCCAGAACGCCGCAAGCCUGUCGCUGGUGUCUCGCGCGCGGCAGUUUAGCAGCUUCAUCGUGCUGGUGGGCCGCAUCAUUUCGGCCACACAGUUUGAUCCCAAAUAUGCUGUCCUGGUGCAGAACAAGGACGAGCUGGAGAUCCCCCUGGAGCUCUCAACGAUCCCCACGCCCAAGGAGUUUAAAGAUGCCAUCGAGUCCUUGUCUCCAGAGCAGCAGGCCUUUGCCAAGGCCUUCAGGGCUAUGCAGUUGGAGAGUACGCUCUUCGGCAUUGUCGUGGUGCAAGUGAAGCCACAGCUGGAGCAACUCUUGAAUUUGCCAGCUGAUAGCCUCACCAAAGAGAUCAAACUCACACAGGACUUGAUGCAGCUCUUUAUCAAGUAUCAGAUCCCCAGCGACUUGCUAUCCUUCUCAGAGGACCUGCUGAUGCCGGGAGAUCUUCCAAGUGCCACCCGAAAGUUGGAGAUCGUGAAAAGCCAGGUGAGGAAAUACGUUUUGACUUGA